GUGUAAUGACGGGUAAGAAAGCUGGAGUUGCUACUAAACUACGCGAAAAAAUUCCGAAUCUAUUUACCUGGCAUUGUUUAUGUCAUCGCCUCGAACUCUCAGUACAUGACGUAAUAAAAGAUUGUACUGGAGUCUCUCGUUUCCAAAGUCUAAUGGACAAACUCUAUGCUUACUAUCAUCAAAGUCCUAAAAAUUCAAUGGGUUUAGAUAAAUCUUGUGUUGAAGUAGGCAUUGAAAUGAAAAAAAUAGGUCGUGUUUUGAAUGUACGCUGGUCUGCAAGCAGUUUUCGAACUAUAAAAGCCAUAUGGAAUAAUUAUCCGGGAAUAUAUUUACAUGUUAGUAAAACACAUGAUGCGACAUCAAACGGCAUAAAAAAAAAAUUAGAAUCCUCUUCUUUUUUGGAGGAACUUGGACUUUUUUACGAUGUUCUUUCUGAGCUUGCAAUGUUAUCUUGUAUAUUACAGUCCAGAAAAACAACUCUAAUGCGUGCCCAGUCGGAGAUAAAUAGAACGAUUAGAAUUUUAGAAAGUCUGAAAGCUGAACCUGGGGAAAAAGAAAAGGAAAUUAUAGAAGCUAUUCAGAAAGGAAUUAACAAAGGUGUCAAUAUUACAAUGACAAAAUCAGGAGGGAUUAACAGGUUACAAUUUUUGCAAAAUUUAGUAGACAGAAUGCGUCAACGCUUAUUUGAUGACUCAAAAGAUAAAACAAUGCUAGAAGACAUUCAGGUAAUUGAUGAAGUGUUCAAAGUAGCAACUAAUGAUGCAAAGGGAGAAGAUGAAGUUAAAAGAGUAUCACGGACAUUAGGUUUUUCUGAAUUUGAAAGUGUAGUUGACUUCCGUUCAAGAAAUGUUUUUUCUAGUUUCAUGAAAGCAUUAAAUAUACUCCCAACUUCAACAGCUGAUUGUGAACGAGGGUUUUCCGAUAUGAAUUUGACAAUAACUGAUUUAAGGACUAGAUUAAACAUUGAAAAUGUGUCAGAUUUGAUGUUCAUCUCUAUCAAUGGCCCUUCAGUUGCAGAUUUUAAUCCUAGACCUUAUAUUAAAAUUUGGUUAAGAGAUCACCGUUCUGCCGUUUCCACUCCUAGAGGUAAAGAAAGAAAAGAAAUAGACGACGAAAAUAAGAUGCAGAAAUUAUUUUUUAACAAUUUAUUUAAUUAAAUUUUUUAGUAUUUGUAUAUUUUCAUAUUUUAUUGACUUAUAAAGGUAAUU